GCAAAACAAAACCGCGGUGUGCUUGGUGCCGCUUGAAAAUAAAGUAUUUAAUGCUUAAUCUAACUUCCAGGACAAAAUGAGUUUGUUAAAAUAAUUAGAUCACAAAAUACCUUAUUCCUUUCAUUAAUUUCUUCAAGUACUUAUUGUCCGAAAACAUGUUCAAGUGGCAAAGCUGUCUGCAGCUGUCUUGUGAAAGGCAUUUUCUUCUUAAGAAACAAUUGCUUCUUCACAUUAGGAAGUAUGCAAAAAAAAGGCUCCAAAGUGAUGAAGACGUUAUGAAAAUGCCAAUUUUUCAGUAUGCCUCUAAAAAUACCAAAAGAAGUAAAAGGAUUUAUAUGUGGGGAAAUACGAUGUACGGUGCUCUUGGAAAUUCAAAUUUUAUCCUACCGGGUCGUCAUCAAACACCUCUGAAAAGUAUGAGAGCACCUUGGAGAUUGCCAUUUGCCGAUUUCCAUAAGGUUGUAGAUGUGUCUUGUGGUUAUGGAUUUACUGUUUUUGCUGCUUCAAAUGAAGAAAAUGAUUUCACACUGUUUGGUACAGGCUUAAAUAGUGAUUUCCAAAUAGGAUAUCAAUGCAGAAGAAAAAAUAAACCACUUCAAGUUGUAGCUGAACCAGUUCCUAUUGCAUUACCUCUUCGAAAUCAAAAGACAAAAGCUGUUAAAGUAGGUUGUGGAAGAGCUCAUACUGUUGUAGUUACAGAUAAAGAAGGUGUUUUCAGUUUAGGUAACAAUAGCUAUGGCCAGUGUGGAGUUCCUGCUGCUAUGCAUUCUGAAAAUGAUGACCACAUAAAAAUACAUAAAAUAGAAGAUGUAUCUAAUGAUAUCAGGGAGGUUGUAUGUGGACAAGAUCAUACAUUGCUCUUAACAGAAAAUGGAGAAGUAUAUAGCUUUGGUUGGAGUGCGGAUGGACAGACAGGUUUGGGACAUUAUAAUAACCAGUUUAAACCUGCAUUAGUAAAGGGUGAUAUUGAAGGUGAAAGAAUUGUACAACUGUCUUGUUCAGCUGAUUGUGUAUUAGCUGUUUCUGAUAAAGGUGAUGUGUUUGGCUGGGGUAAUUCCGAAUACAAGCAGCUAAAUUUGGCAACAGAUAAACAGCAAAUUAACAUUUCCAAGCAUCUGAAUUUAGGAAGUGUUGGCAAAGUCAAGCAAAUUGCUUCUGGUGGAACAAUGUGUGCUGUUUUAAAUGAACAAGGUGCAAUCUAUGUCUGGGGCUAUGGAAUUCUGGGACAGGGGCCAAAUGUAGCUUCUUCCUUUGUGCCCACACUUCUUCCACUUCCUUUAUUUGGAGUAAACGAGUUCAAUCCUGAUGUUAGAUUGCAACAGAUAGCCUGUGGUUUAAGUCACUUUGCUGCCGUAACUAGUCAAGGACACUUAUACAUGUGGGGGAAAAAUCGUUCCAAUUGUUUAGGGUUAGGAAGAGAAACAGAUCAGUUUUUUCCUUUAAAGGUGGCUGUUCCAGCUGAAGUGGUUAAAGUGAGCUGUGGUGUUGAUCAUACAGCAGUUUUAUGCAAAUCAUUUGCCUGAUGUGGAUCAAUGAUAUUUAUUUUGUACAAUAUAUUUUUAUUUUUAAAUUAAAUUGUUGUUA